AUGAACGACGCUGCAGCCGAGCCCUUGAUUUCCACCGACCGCCGCGUUCCGAACGAUGCACGCGACCGCUACGAUGAAGCCGACGACGCGAGUAUAAGAGAAGACGAGGUGGAUGAAGUGGACGAGAGUGCCUUGGUAUCCCCAGGUCUGUUUAUCUGGUGUCUGACUAUAUGCGCCGGGGUGUCAGGGCUACUAUUUGGAUAUGACACCGGUGUUAUAUCUUCUACCCUUAUCUCCAUAAACACCGAUCUCUCCUCCCGUCCCCUGACCACCCUCGACAAGAGCUUGAUCACGUCUUGCACUUCGUUCUUCGCACUCCUCGCCUCGCCCCUAACGGGUAUCCUCGCUGAUGCAUACGGUCGCAAAACCGUGAUUCUCGUCGCGGAUAUUCUCUUCAUACUCGGUGCGCUGUUGCAGGCAUGGACAAGCAGUGUCGGCGGCAUGAUCGUGGGUCGGUCCAUUGUCGGCGCAGCAGUCGGAAGCGCUUCAUUCGUUGUUCCGCUGUAUAUCUCGGAGCUCAGCCCUAGCCCUUUCCGAGGACGUCUGGUGGUCGUGAGCAGUUUGUUUAUUACUGGGGGGCAGGUUGUUGCUUAUAUUGUUGGGUGGAUGUUUUCGGAAAGAUUGCAUGGGUGGAGAUGGAUGGUGGGUUUGGGGGCUUUGCCGGCUGCUAUACAGUUCGCUAUGCUGUUUUUCCUGCCCGAAACACCGCGAUACCUUGUAAAGGCUGGAAAGACGCAACAAGCGAAGAGGGUAUUGGGGCGUGUGUACAAAAGUGAGGAAAGUGGGACGAAGUUGGUGAACGCCGUGCUGAGGCGGGUAGAGAAGGAAAUUGAAGAGGAGGAGGAUGCGGCUGGAUUGCGAGGGACUCCUGACAUGGCUAAGACCGGUUGGAGAGCUAAGAAGGAGAGGAUACAAGACAGCUUCUCUCAACUGAUCGUCAUCGGAGGGAACCGUCGAGCCCUGAUUAUUGCCUGUAUGCUUCAGGGUUUCCAGCAACUGUGUGGCUUUAACUCACUAAUGUACUUCUCCGCCACAAUAUUCCGCCUCGUCGGUUUCGCCUCCCCAACCCUAACCUCGCUCUCCAUCGCCAUCACAAACUUCCUCUUCACACUCGUAGCCUUCCACUACAUCGACCGCAUCGGCCGCCGCCGUAUCCUCCUCUGGUCCGUACCCAUCAUGAUCAUCGGUCUCGCACUCUGCGCCAUCGCAUUCCUCUUCAUCGACCUCCCCACCGAGGAAGCUUCCGCUAUUACAGCUACUUCCAUUGCCGGCGACAACACCAAUAACAAGAUCUGGCCCCUAGUCAUCCUCUUCUCCAUGAUAACAUACGUCGCUGGCUACGCGAUAGGCAUGGGUAACGUUCCCUGGCAGCAAUCUGAACUUUUCCCCUUGUCUGUAAGGUCGCUGGGCUCUGCGUUGUCGACGGCUACGAAUUGGGGGUCGAAUACUUUUAUUGGGAUUACGUUUUUGCCCAUGAUGAAUAUUUUUACUCCGGUGGGGACGUUUGCGUUGUAUGCUGUGGUCUGUGUGGUUGCGGAGAUUGUUAUUUGGAGGAUUUAUCCUGAGACGGCGGGGUUGGGGUUGGAGGAUGUGGGUGGGUUGUUGAAGGAUGGGUUUGGGGUUAGGGAUAGUGUUAGAGCGUUUGAAGAGAGGAGGAGGGGGAGGUGA